AUGGAGACAUUACACCAAAUGUCACAAGCUCGAUGUUCGGUUCCUGACAUAUUCGAGAACAACGACAAUGAGACAAAUGUGACAACAAGUAAUCUCCAUAUAGGAAAGUUUAAGGAAUCUGUGAGAAUGGCAUUUGAGAUAUGGUAUGGACGCAGUCGAUUUAAUUUCACAGAAGUCAAUGAGAACAAAGGAGGAAAUAUAAGAACAAGCUUCGAGAGAGGAGUUCAUGGCGAUUAUCAUCCUUUAACUAAUGAUACAAAAACUUUGGCACAUACUUUUGCACCAACAGAUGGGAGAUUUCACUUUAAUGCUGAUAAACCUUUUUCAGUUGAAGCUACAUAUGGUGCGUAUCAUUUGAAGACUAUGGCAUUGCAUGAGCUUGGACAUGCAUUUGGGUUGGCUCAUAGCCCAAGUGAAGAUUCCAUUGUGUUUCCCACUGUACCUACUAAUCUUGAAAAGGAUUUAGAUACAGAUGAUAUUAAAGGAUUGUGGGAGUUAUAUGAUGGAUUUGACACUAUGUUGUCAUUUCCGAGCGGUUUCAACGAAAUCGAUGCCAUGUUCCUCGAGUUUGUAGAGGAGCUAGAUAACUCUACAGGAGGGUCGUCGUCGGUGGGCGACAAUUCGGGAAGUCGUAAGGGUCACAACAUUGAAGGAACGCAUGCCAUCAAAACGUACCUUCAACAUUACGGUUACUUGAGCAAAAACUACAACAUUAUCGAUACCAAUGGCGUUUAUAAUAACGCCUACGAUGAGCAGCUAGAAUGCUCCGUAAAAAAGUACCAAAAGUUCUUCAAGCUUAACGAGAGUGGAAUUUUAGACAGGGAGACGUUAAGCCAAAUGUCACAGCCAAGGUGUUCGGUUCCAGACAUUUUCGAGAGCGAGGACAACGAAACGAGCAUUACAACGAGUAAUCUCCACAUAAGAAGUAGGUACGCAUUUUUUCCGGGGAGACCGAAAUGGUCGGAUUCGAGGAAUCUUACAUACUCUUUAAUUAAGAAUUUCCCAGAAAAGUUUGAGGCGGCAAUAGUCGACGCAUUUAUGCUAUGGUUCUUACGAAGCCGAUUUUGUUUCACAUACGUUUCCGAGGGCCAAAAGUCUGAUAUAACAAUAAGCUUUGAAGUAGGAGACCAUGGAGAUGGGCAUCCUUUUAAAGGAGGAGUUUUGGCACAUGCAUUUUCACCAGAAGAUGGGAGACUUCACUUCAAUGGAGAUAAAUCAUUUUCAUCUGAUCUUGAAGAGGGUAAAUAUCAUAUAAGAACUGUGGCAGCGCAUGAGCUUGGACAUUCAUUAGGGUUGGCGCAUACCAAUAUUGAAGCUGCCAUUAUGUAUCCCACCCUACCUUCUAAUUUUUCCAAGAUUUUAAGUCAGGAUGAUGUUGAUGGGCUUUGGAAUUUCUAUGGUCAAUCAGAAGAUUCCACCAAACAAGAUGUGAUUUCGACUAUCGAGAACAACAUGAAGAAGUAUUCUGAUAAUAUGUCUGUGCGGAUUAUAAGAGACAAGCAAGAGCUAGCGAAGACUCAGUAA